AUGAUUAUCCAUAAUGUGAUAAUUGUCGAUGGUAUUUUAAUUUCUUUUUAUUACGCUUUAAUCGGUCAAUACAAAGUAAUUGUUCAGUCAUUUCAAAUUGUUGGAUUAGAAGAAAAAGCUCCAAUAGGUAAGAUAUUUUUAUACGUUUUUCUAUAAAUAUAAAAGUGACUAGUUAGUAGUUAAAUAAAACGAGUACCUAGGGGUAAAAAAUAAAGUUGAUAAAUAAAUAAUCUAAUAAUAUAUAAUUCUGCGAUUUAAAACUGCGGGUAUAAAUGGGGGAGACCAGAGUUAUAGUUUUGUACUGGGGCAAAUGAUUUUUAAAAAUCUUACGAUUUCAUGUGAUUAGGUAUACGAUUUUCUCUCGUGUUUAUAUCAUAGACAAAAAUGAUUGCAUGCAGCGUAAUUAGAAAUCCAGAACGACUCAAUGCGCCGCGUCGUCUCUGUACCGUGUUAUCAUUGGUUUUAUACGCAGUGUAUACGUGUGCGUGAAAAAUUUCAUUUUAAAUCGGUAUCUUAUAUCAUUAAUAACUUGUAUUCGUUGGUUGUGUCUCAGUGUGUUAACGCAAAGACGCACCGCUCAUACAGUCUAUGGAUGGGGUGUCUGGUUCAAAUCCGACAAUUAUUAAACAAAUAUUUUACAUUUUAUCCCCCUGUGACCCUAUGCGGUUUUGCAUAAUAAAUAAGAGUUUAUUUUCGAUUAAAUUCUGAUAUGAGCUCGUGAGGCCCAUUUUAUUACUAAUAUAAUAACACGGUAUAAUUUAAUUUUUAGGCAGGCUAUACGAAAUCGGCCAAUUAGAAACAUAAAUCCGUAGCAAUUUGUAAUGGAUCAAUGAAAACGUGUAAUAGAAAAGGUGCUCUGUGGUACCUUGGGGGGUGAUCGGCAUAUUGAACGUAGGUGGCUGAGUUGUAAUAUAAUUUAUAGUUGAUAUUGUAUUGCUAUUAUACUAAUGCGUGAUAAGUAGAUUCAGCAGAAUGGGCUUCAAAUCAUUUUUCCAGUAAUAUUCAUGAUAUCAUAUACAUCUAUGUGAUUCCAUUAUCAAUUAAUUCGUUAUUUUUAUAAUUUAUUUAUCAGUGUUGGUAAUGGUUUACUAAUUUCUCCGCGGCUUUGGAUUAGUCAUUUUUACUCUAAAAUACAUUUCAAUUUCAUGAUUUUAUUAUUUUAUUUGGGAAGGCAAUAGAAGGGAAAUUUAAUGUAAAUCUUUACGCAACGAUUAUCCAUUACUAACAAAAAACGAUUCUGAGCGGAGUUCGGUUUAUAGUGUUGCUUAGUAAACAAUAGAUGUCAUAUUGUGGUAAAGAAAUUGCACUUGAAUCAUGUAUUUUCGCUUAUAAUAUUUGAUUAAUAUUGUACCUAUUUUCCCAUUUUUCUACAUUUUUCCCAGUUUUCUCAUACUUUUUCUAGGGUUUUCCCAGAUACUAUGAAAAACGCUUGGAAAAUCAAAAAAUGACCUCCCUAAUGUACCAUCAAAACAAUAUUUCAGUAUUACACGUAUAUGAUACGUACAUAUUGUAGCAAGAUUUCUGAUAAAAUUUUUGUAUACAGUAUAAAAAUAUAAAAAAGAAACAUCUUUGUAGAAUUAUUAGAGCUUCACUUUAGUGAACUGUUUGGUGUUGACCUUUAAAACAACAAAACUCAGCGAGGUAAAAAUCAAAUGUAGAAAGUUAAAUGGAAAACUAACUCCAGUCUCUCUAUUAUGUUACCGUUUACUAUACUAUACACAUAAUAAUUAAUUAUAUACACUAUAAUUAAUAUUACAAUUCUUUAUUUUUUUUACAGAAUAUUAUUCAGAUUUAAAAUCAAUUUUGGUUGAUUUACAGAAACUUAAUUGGUAAGUAUUUUAUAUAUUUUGUUUUUUUUUUUUUUUUUUAAUGGUAAUUUUUAAACAUUCAUAUAUCUACUAAUCAAUCGAGUUAUAAUUCAAUAAUUUUUCUUUUUUUUAGGAAUCUAAAAUUAUUUUAUUCGGUUGUGCGGCCAAUCAUUUUAACUAAUGUUGCUAUUAAUUUUAUUCUGAUUGUGAUGAUUACAUAUUCACUCAUUUCGGUAAAAUUUAAAUUAAAAUUACGUUCAAAUUGUAUUAAUAAUAGAUGAUACUGAUAUAAACAAUAAUACACGUCACUUACAUAGUACAAAGAAAUUAAACUAUAUUUUAGAUUCUGAGUGAAGGGAGGAAGCUUAUAGUUCUACAAAGAUGUUUAUUUUUUUUUUUAUCUGUGAACAAAUUUUCUACCAAACUUGCUCAGAUUUUUACGAAUAGCACCUUUUCUGAAAGGAAAUCGGUGUAGGGAGGUACUUUAGGGAGGUCUUUUUUUAUUUUCCCAGGAUUUUUCCCAAUAAAUAAGAAAAACUGAAAAACAAAAACGGGAAUAUACGAGGUCUAAUCAAAAAUUAUCGAGACUGAUAAGAUAAAUCGUAAACCGGUUUGAGUAUGAACUUGCACGUGCUAUAUUAAUCAAACUUUGUAUGUUGGGAAAAUAUAUUAGGCAUAGAUUAGAUUAAAAUUGUCUCAGUCGGCUUCUAGGUGCGAUUAAGUAAAGUGUGUUUUUAUGUCCUGUCGGAUUUCAUUAUGAGCGAAAAUAUUGAACAACGAGUGUGCAUUAAAUUUUGCUAUAAACUGGGAUAAACGACUACUGAAACCUACCAAAUAUUAUUGUUAGCUUAUGGAGAUGAAACCAUAUUCCGUACUCGCGUUUUUGAAUGGUUCAAAUGAUUUAAAGAGGGUAGAACAACUGUUGAAAGUGAUAAACGUGAAGGACGCCCGUCAACAAGCCGCAAUGAGGAAAUGGUUCAAAAAAUACGAACAGCAAUACGAGGUAACCGUCGUUUGACAAUUAUGGAACUUAGUAAUGAGUUUCAAAUCUCAUUCGGAUCAGUUCAAACCAUAUUGACGACUGAUUUAGAUAUGAGAAGAGUUGCUGCCAAAUUUGUUCCAAAACUGCUCUCAGAUGAGCAAAAAGAAAACCGAAAACAGAUCGCCACUGAUUUGCUAGAGUGUUCUGAAUCUGAUGAAUUUUUUUUAAAAUCAAUUAUAACUGGUGACGAGACUUGGGUAUAUGGCUACGAUCCAGAAACAAAGGUACAAUAUUCGCAGUGGAAGACACCUGAUUCACCACGACCCAAAAAAGCUCGUCAAGUUCGGAGUCAAGUGAAGGUUAUGUUGACUGUUUUUUCGACUACCAAGGUGUUGUUCAUCAUGAGUAUGCUCCAAAAGGACAGACCAUAA